AUGAAGAGGCAGGAUUGGCUCAGAAGUGGAGAUAAAAAUACCAAGUUUUUCCAUGCCAAGACAAAGAAGAGACAGAGAAUGAAUGCCAUUAAUGGCAUCCGGGACUCAACUGGCUCCUGGGACCGUUUAACUUCAAGAAACCCAACGGGAAUUGCAAAUGCCUUUGCAGGCUUGGAUAUGAAAGUUACAGAUCACAUGAAUAAUGAUAUGACUAAAACUGUUACUCCUGAAGAAGUGGCACAUGCACUUUUUUCCAUUCACCCAUCGAAAGCCCCAAAAGUAUUUGGUUUCACUGGUUUCUUUUAUCACAACUACUCGUACAUUAUAGGAGAGGAAAUCACAAAAUUAGUCAUUGAAUUCUUCAACAGAUGCAGAUUCUUAAAGAGUUUAAAUCAUACAGUUAUAACUCUAAUCCCCAAAGAACAAGUUCCCACCUCAGUCAAGGAUUUUAGACCAAUCAAUCUCUGCUCGGUGUACUACAAAAUAAUAUCCAAAAUUCUAACAACAAGGCUCCAAAAGACCUGGGGUUUUGAUGAAAGGGUUAUAGGCUGGAUUUUGGAGUGUAUCACUUCUAUAUCUUAUUCGAUUCUCAUCAAAGGAGAACCUAAGGAUUUCUUCCAACCAUCAAGAGGACUCAGACAAGGAGAACCAUUAUCACUUCUGAUUUUUGUCCUAUGUGCAGAAGGGUUAUCACACCUGAUUAAGAGAGAAAUUUCCAACCAGCAGUUAACAGAGGCUAUAAGGAGAAUUAUGGAUUCUUAUGGCACUUGUAGUGGUCAGAUCAUAAACUUGGAAAAAUCUUCGGUGUGUUUUAGUCGAAAUACCGGUUCCUUAGUGCAGCAGAACAUUUUGAGCAAUCUGAAGCUAUAUCUUAUAAAAGCGGAAGAUAAAUAUUUAGGGCUCUCAACACAGAUUCAACGCUCCAAAAAUAUAACCUUUGCAGGUCUGCUGACAACACUUCAAAAUAAGCAUAGUGGUUGGAAAGAGCAAUUCUUAUCCCAAGGGGAAAAGGAAAUCCUGAUUAAAGCUGUAUUGAUGGCCAUCACAGUAUAUGCUAUGAUGUGCUUUUUUCUACCCAAGUCACUUUGUUCCCGUAUCAAUAGCUGA